GACCACCUUAAUGUCUAUCCAAGUGCGCAUGCUCGUGUCGAGGCCAUAAAAAGGCGGACAACGUGGUAUUGAAUCGCAGUCGGUUACGCGGAAAGCCUACGGUACGUCGCAACACGCCAUGGCUCGUACCAAGCAGACCGCCCGCAAGUCUACCGGCGGAAAGGCACCUCGCAAGCAACUGGCAACGAAGGCCGCCCGUAAGGCAGCACCUGCCACUGGUGGCGUCAAAAAACCGCAUCGCUACAGACCUGGCACAGUGGCUCUGCGUGAAAUUCGGCGAUACCAGAAGUCCACCGAGAUGCUUAUCCGCAAGCUACCCUUUCAGCGGUUGGUUCGUGAAGUAGCGCAAGACUUCAAGACCGACCUGCGGUUUCAAAGUUCUGCCGUGCAGGCCUUGCAGGAAGCCUGCGAAGCGUACCUUGUGGGCCUCUUCGAAGACUCCAACUUGUGUGCGAUUCACGCUAAGCGCGUCACUAUAAUGCCGAAAGAUAUACAACUAGCACGACGCAUACGCGGCGAACGUGCCUACUGGACCGUCUGGAAGAAAGACCUCGACCUGUACGCAACGGCAACGAAGCUGAAAGAACAAGCAAAGGAGGUUCAAACGGCAACAUUCCUAAUGGCAAUCGGUGAAGAGGCAAGGCGAUCUUUCUACACUUUCACGUUUGAGAAUGACGACGACAAGCAGGACAUUAAGAUUCUCACCGAAAAGUUCGAGGCGCACUUCAAGCCAACAACCAACCUGACAUUCAAUGAAUUUCGCUUUGUCUCCAGGAAUCGGCAAGAGGGAUUUGAGGAUGUCUUUCAGGGCCUAGGAGAACUCAAGGGCGUGGCCUACCACAUACAGCUGAAGCCCGGUGCUCAAGACGACCAGCUACGAAGCAUCCGGGAGUCAACCAAGAACGACGCACUUAUGUCGCAGUUGCUUUGUUAUACCAAAACAGACUGGCCCGAGACAAGGCUGCAAGUACCGGAUGCCCUGCGAGUCUUUUGGGCCUACCGCGAUGAGCUGCAUACCGAGGACGGUCUGCUGCUUUGGAGCAACAAGUUAAUCAUCCCGCCAGCCAAGCGCCGGGAAGUCCUCCACUUACUACACGCAGCCCAUGGCGGACAAGAAAAAAAUGACGGCAAGGGACCGACAGGGAAGAUGUGGCAGAAGGCAUCGUCAUCCGCACACGCGCACAAGACGGCUACUGCGCAUGCCUCAGCCCAAGAGCGCAAGUCGGUUACGCGGAAAGCCUACGGUACGUCGCAACACGCCAUGGCUCGUACCAAGCAGACCGCCCGCAAGUCUACCGGCGGAAAGGCACCUCGCAAGCAACUGGCAACGAAGGCCGCCCGUAAGGCAGCACCUGCCACUGGUGGCGUCAAAAAACCGCAUCGCUACAGACCUGGCACAGUGGCUCUGCGUGAAAUUCGGCGAUACCAGAAGUCCACCGAGAUGCUUAUCCGCAAGCUACCCUUUCAGCGGUUGGUUCGUGAAGUAGCGCAAGACUUCAAGACCGACCUGCGGUUUCAAAGUUCUGCCGUGCAGGCCUUGCAGGAAGCCUGCGAAGCGUACCUUGUGGGCCUCUUCGAAGACUCCAACUUGUGUGCGAUUCACGCUAAGCGCGUCACUAUAAUGCCGAAAGAUAUACAACUAGCACGACGCAUACGCGGCGAACGUGCCUAGCCGCUUUCCAGCCUUCC